AUGUCGCAAGCAUCUCAAACCCUAAAAGACCUUUUCUUCAGGUCGUACAAUGACACGUCGUCAACGACAAUCGUUCUGCUCCAUGGCCUCUUCAGCUGCAACCUCGAAUGGGAGCACGUUAUUCCCCACCUCAGCGAUUAUCAUCUCCUGGUCCCAGAUCUCCCAAAACACUCCCAGUCGAGAGACAUAGGGCCAUGGUCAAUUGAAUUCGCCGCGGACUCGGUCUCGCAUCUUAUCCGAAAGCAUGCCCACGGUGGACAAGCGCACGUUGUUGGCCUUUCACUGGGCGGCUUCACCACAAUGGAAUUAAUCCGCCGGCAUCCAGACCUCGUUAAAUCAGCCUUCGUCACUGGCUCAACACCGUUCCGGCCAUGGCAAGUCUGGGCAGCAGAAAGACCCAACCUCCUACAUUACGGCCUCAAACUCGUUCUCAACAGCGGCUUUUAUACUCUCAGCGUCUGGAUGAAGGGUCUCAGGGAUCAUACCCAGCUAAAGAACGAAAUCGUUGCCAAUAAUGAUUGGAACUUGGUCAAUGACGCUUACGCCGGGCUUGCUAAGUGGCAGCACGAAGAUGUUAAAGCAGUUGCUGAGAAGGACAAGCGGAUAUUGGCCGCCGCUGGAGAUCAAGGUGAUGAUUUUGAUGGUGCGAAGGAAAUGGCUCUGACGUUUCGCAAUGAAGGGCGCGGGGAUGGGAGAAAGAGUACCGCCGUUCUUAUCAAGGGGGCCAUUCAUGCCUGGAAUUUACAAUUUCCAGAAUUGUUUGCCGAGGGUAUCAUAGCUUGGGUUGAGGAGAAGCCUCUUCCUCAAGAUUUUGUUAACUUGAUUGACAGUUGA